AUGGAGGCCCGCCGCCACAGCAAGCUGUACUACAGCAAGAAGGGCUUCAGCCGUGCCAUGCGCGUCGCAGGCGUCAACCGCAACCCUAUGAAGGACCGCGCCUCGGGCCGCAGCAAGCCCAUGCCUGCCACGUCAACGCGCAUGGUGCAUUCAAUCUGGGAGAACUACUUUGGCGUAGGCGAGGGUGGCGCGGGCCCGCAGCCCGCGGAGGAAGGCACUGUGGCGCGCGAGGUGGAGGAGGACCCCAACGAGGAGGACGAGGACGAGGCCGCCGGCGCUGUGGAGAACGCACUGGCCGGCGGCAAGGGCAAGGGCAAGGCCGCCGCAAAGGGCAAAGCGGUUGCAGCUGCUGCAGCCAAGGGCAAGAAGAGCCAGUCCAAAAAGCCCGAGUGGGUGGGUGCAUCAACAGGUGCAGAUGCCGAGGGCCGCGUCCUGUACCGCGCUGCCAAGAUGGGCGCCUGGCAGGUUGCCCUGGGCGAUGUGGUACAGCUGCCGGCCCCCGCCGAGAGCGACGAUGAGGAGGAGGUGGCGCCUGCGCCCAAGCCCGCUGCCAAGAAAGACGGCGACGGGGACGUGGAGAUGGGCGAGGGCGCCGACGCCGCAGCGGAGGUGGCGGCAGUGAAGAAGCCCAAGAUGCCUCCGGCCGGCCUGGUUCAGUGCCUGCUGCAGGAGAAGUCGGGCGAGAAGAUGGUGCAGGUGCGCAUGCUGCUGCCGGGCGUGGAGACGGUGCUGGGCGAUGCCGCCUCUGAUGCCGAGCUGUUUGUGUCGGACGAGUACGUCACCGUGCCUCUGGCCGGCCUGCCUGGCGUGACGCUGGACGCCAAGCGCCUGGAGCGCGACUGGGCUGCUGACCUGCGCGGCCGCCACUUUGAGGAGGACGAGGCCCUUCGCAAGGCCAACAAGGCUGCGGCUGCAGCAGGCCGCCCGCUGCGCUACUUCUACCGCCACUGGUACCGGCCGCAGCAGGGCAUGUUCUGCGCGCUCCCAGAGGACCUGGGCCUCGGCACCUUUGUGGCGCCGCCCUCGCCGCCGGUGGCCCUGGGCGUGCUGGCGGGCGGCGGCUUCAUCAAGGAGGGCGUGGAGUAUGCAGUGGGCGACUUCCUUUUCCUGCAGCCUUACGCCCUGGACGACGCCGAGGACGAGGCCAGCAGCAGCGAGAGCGAGGACGACGCCAGCGACGCGGCCUCCAGCGGCAGUGAGGAGGAGGAGGAGGCGGGCAGCAGCGAGGAGGAGGAGGCGGCCCAGCCGGCACCCAAGGGCAAGCGUCAGCAGCCAGCGCGCGCCGGCCCCAAGGCCAAGGCAGCGCCUGCCAAGGGCAAGGGCAAGACGGCGGCCGCCAGCGACGCGGAGAUGGAGGACGCCGAGGGCAGCGAGGACGAGGCAUCUGGCUCUGGUGGCGACGACUCUGCUGACGAGGACUUCAAGGCCAAGGGCAAGGGGGCCGCGCGCCGCAAGGCUUCUAAGCCCGCCGCUGCCAAGCCCAAGAAGGCGCCCGCGGCCAAGAAGGAGAAGAAAGCUGCCCCCAAGCGGCGCGCCGCCGCCAAGAAGGGCAGCAAGGACGUCAAAUACGCUGACGGGCGCAAGGGCCGCUUUGUCAAGGGCAGCUGCGAGGGCCUGCGUGCCUACAUUGUGGCCCGCGUUGUUGAGGUCAAGGCGGCGGGCAGCGGCAAGGACGCCCUGCCCAGCUCUGUGCGCGUGGCGCGCUACUACCGGCCUGAGGACGUGUCCCCUGACACAGCGUAUGCCGCCGGCUUCUGGGACCUGUAUGCGCCACCUGCGCCCGCCAAGGGCAAGGCCGCCGACGGCCCCUGGCUGCAGUGGGUGAAGCCCGCGCUUGUGGUCUCCAAGUGCAUCGUGGGCCCAGCUCAGGCCCCCAAGGACCCUGAGGUGUCCACCUUCGAGGUGGUUGGCACCUUUGACCCCACCACCAAGGCGACCUCUGCCACGCCAGCUGAGUUUGCCCCGGGCGCCACCACCUCCAAGGCAGCCAACAACGGCAAGGGCAAGGCGAGCGCGGCGGACAAGGGCAAGGGGAAGGCGCCCGCCGCUGACGGCGCGGGUGCCAGCGCGGACGCAGCCGAGGGCGCUGUCGACGACAGCCUGGCCAUGGCCACGAUGGACAUCUUUGCCGGCUGCGGCGGCCUGUCUGAGGGCAUGCACCAGGCGGGUGUGGCCGACACCAAGUGGGCCAUCGAGUACGAGUCGCCUGCGGCCGACGCGUUCAAGCUCAACAACCCCAGCGCAGAGGUGUUCUGUGCCAACUGCAACGUCAUCCUGAGGGCGGCCAUGGAGAAGGCGGGGCUGACGUCAGACUGCUGCGCGCAUGAGGACGCCAUCGCCGGGGCACUGGCCAUGGCCCCGGACCGCAUCGCCGCGCUGCCGCGGCCGGGUGAGGUGGAAUUCAUCAUGGGCGGACCCCCCUGCCAGGGCUACAGCGGCAUGAACCGCUUCAACAAGGGCAACUGGUCCAUGGUGCAGAACUCCAUGGUGAUGGCGUUCUUGUCCUUUGCCGAUUUCUACCGGCCGCGCUACUUCCUGCUGGAGAAUGUGCGCAACUUUGUGAGCCACAACAAGAGCUUCACCUUCCGCCUCACACUGCGCACCCUGCUGGACAUGGGCUACCAGGUGCGCUUCGGCGUGCUCAACGCCGGCAACUACGGCGUCCCCCAGUCGCGCAAGCGCACCUUCAUCUGGGCGGCGGCCCCCGAGGAGCAGCUGCCAGCGUGGCCGCAGCACAAGUAUGUGUUCCGCUCCCCGCAGCUCACCAUCAACCUGCCGGGAGGCGUCACCUACACAGCCGUGCCGCAGACCCAGGGCGCACCCCUGCGCACCGUCACCGUGCGCGACGCCAUCGGCGACCUGCCGGUCAUCAAGAACGGCCAUGACCAGGACAACAUCCCCUACACGCAGGGCGCAGUCAGUGCCUUCCAGAAGAAGAUCCGCAACGGCGCCUCAUCGCUACGGGACCACAUCUGCAAGGAGAUGAACCCCCUAAACCUGGAGCGCUGCCGCUGCAUCCCCAAGAACACGCCUGGGGCAGACUGGCGCGUGCUCCUGGACAUUGUCAAGAACGACCCCGCCCGCGAGAAGUUCAACGGCCAGCCCCUGGUGCCGUGGUGCCUGCCCAACACUGCAGACCGCCACAACGGGUGGCGCGGGCUGUUUGGCCGCCUGGACAAGGCGGGCCACUUCCCCACCAGCACCACCGACCCCCAGCCCAUGGGCAAGGUGGGGCAGGUGUUCCACCCGGACCAGGACCGCAUCGUCAGCGUCAGGGAGUGCGCGCGCUCUCAGGGCUUCCCGGACACCUUCUUCUUCUCGGGCAACGUGCACAACAGGCAUAGGCAGGUCGGCAACGCCGUACCCCCGCCCCUGGCCGCCGCUCUGGGCAGCCAGCUGCGGAACGCGCUCGCGGCCACCCACGCCAAGCAGCUGGCAGGCCUGGCGGCGCAGAUGGGCGGCAGCAGCUGA